AUGCUUUUGAUAAAUGAAAGAAACCUACAAGUGCUAGAAGAGAUAGUGGACCGCGCGCCCGCGCACCAGAUGCUCUCGAACCUCAUCAGACGAGUGGAACCCUCCAAGCUACUGGUAGACGGAAAGGCUCAGGGUACCUUCGUUAAUAUGGUGAAGAAGAUUGUGUUUGCGAAUGGAAAUGAUAGUGCUGAGCCUGCGUGUAGAUUGAUCUUUAUUUCGGCUAAGGAGUAUAAUUUCGAAGCAUGCAAGCGCCGCAUCUCCUCUCUCUCUCUGCCUCACGAGCCGCACAACUGCACCGAGGAUGAGCGAGCGAUAUUCCUCCGCACCAUCCUUCACUUCGGGCAACUACAGAGUGUGCACGCGCUGGGCGCUCUGCUGCGGUAUGUGGACCUCAACUGGUCCAGUCUGAGCAUGGACCUGCAUAGCAAGCCGCAGUUUAUGGGGCUGAAGAAGAUUUCUUUAGCAGACAUAGUGACAAUAGACGCGGACACAUACAAAGGUCUGCAGAUCUUCAGCCCGGUGUCGCACCCCAGCGGGUUCAAGAAGGGCGCGCGCGCCAGCGACAAGGAGGGGCUCAGCCUGUUCAGUGUCUUCAACAAGUGCGCCUCCAAGGUGGGGCAGAGCCGGAUGAGAGUGCUCCUCCAGCACCCCACCAACGACAUGGCACUGCUGCGUCAGAGGCAGCAGGUGGUGGGCUACUUCAUGAGAGCACAAGCGGAUACAACUCUGAGGAACAUCUGCUCCUCGCUGCGGUUUGUCAAGAAUGUUAAUGGUAUUUUGACUAAAAUCAAGGCGCUGUCGGCGAAACCAUACCAAUGGAAGUCACUAUACAAUACGUUGUACAACACGGUGUUGAUCUGUGAGAUGUGUGAGAACGUGGCCGGCGCCAGCGACUUCCUCGACCAACUGGGAUCUUACGAUAACAACAAAUUAUAUGAGAUGGCUCUUUACAUGAAUCGGAUCAUAGACUUCGAUCUGUCCAAGACUGAAGGGAAGUUUACAGUGAAACCCGGAGUGGACCCCGAGCUGGAUAGGAAGAAACAAACGAUGGCCCAACUCCACGGCCUGAUGUCUGAGACCGCCAAGGUGGAACUAGAGCGGUUACCUCCCUACAUCGACGAGUGCACUAUGCUGUACAUGCCACACCUCGGCUACCUGCUCGGGGUCCGGGCCUGGGAAGAUAACUUGAGUGUGGAGCAGAAGGAACUGCCGAAUAUGCGGUUUAUGUUCCAAAACAAUGACUACAUUCACUAUAAAAGCAAAGGAUGUGAAGAGCUAGACGUGAUGAUCGGCGACACGUACCCCGAGAUCGUGGCGCACGAGACUCGCAUCAUGAUGCGACUCACUACCAUUGUGCUGGAGAACUUGCAGACAUUGUCUGCUGUUAUUGACAAGUGUGCCGAGCUGGAUUGCCUAAUAGCAAUCUCCAAGGUCUGCAAAGAGUUCUCAUUUGUCCAACCGGAGCUCACUCACGAGAAAGUCAUCCACAUAACCCGAGGGAAACACCCUUUACACUUGCUUACGUGUGAUGACUUCGUGCCCAACGACUUGCACUCUGAUGGUGACAGUGGGUUUGUGAAGAUCUUUACUGGGCCCAAUGCUAGCGGGAAGUCGGUGUAUAUGAAGCAAGUUGGUCUAAUCGUGUACCUAGCGCACAUAGGCAGCUUCGUGCCGGCGGACGCGGCCACCAUCGGCCUGCUCACGCACAUCUACACGCGGAUACAGUCCACCGAGUGCAUCGCCGCUCAUAUGUCGGCUUUUUUGAUUGAUUUGAGACAGAUGUCGCUAGCUCUGCAAGAGUCUACCAGCAACUCCUUGAUCAUAGUGGACGAGUUCGGGAAAGGUACUUCAGAAGUUGAUGGCAUAUCUUUACUAGCGAGUUGCAUCAAUAGUCUACUGUGUCGCGAAUUGAACUGUCCACAUGUGUUGCUAGCUACACACAUGCUUCAACUACCAGAGUUCAUUAUCAAGACGCCAUUGGUCAAAUUUCAGGUAAUUUUCCAGACUAAAUAA